CACACUGGGGUGACAAACGUCGUACAUUUUGCUGGAACAGUGAGAAGCCUCGCGCCGCACGACUCGUAAACAAAAACGCUAGCCACGAGUUGCACAGUAAAAAGUGGUGUGAGGAUGGCCUACACUUCAACAGGAGCUUAUCAUCCAUAGCAUCAUCGAGCGGUGGGAAAAAGACAUUGAGUGAAAUAAAGUGAAAUGAAGUGAAGUGAAGUGAGAAAAAACAUUUGCAGAAGGAAUUCUUCGCGUGCGGUCCUCUAAUAUCUCCAUAGGAUCAUAAAAAAUGCAGAGAAAUAGCUGAGAGUUCGAACUGCUGGGUUUGGUGAACAUCUUCAUGCAGGAGUUUCCAACGUCUCUGAACAUCAUUCAGCACUUCAAUUCAUCACGGAGUGCAUUUCACUGAGGAAUUAACAGGAAUUGACAGUUUGGAGCAAUAUGGGGAGAUACAAUGCAGAAUUUACCUAAAUACCCGGCUAGCCGGAAUUUAUUCUUGUCUCGACGACUAUUGAGUACAGUAAUAAAACGAGACAUAAGAGAGGAGAGGAUAUUCAAGCUGUGGAGUCACCCUGACAAUUCCAGGGUUCUUCAUCGUGUAUCUUAUCACACGUUCAACAGAAUAUGUCGAGAGUACAAGGCUCUACGCACAUUGCUCACCAGCAGUGGUUUCCUCCAGCCCUCGAGGAUCCCCUCGACCCUCCCGAGGUUACUGGCCACGACCUCCUCGAAUAACACGAGGAAGACAUCCUCAGGGCCAUCGCAAGAAUCAUCAGGUUCUGAGAAAGAGCCACCUGGGAAUGAAAAUGAGCAGAAAACAGCUCUCUUCAAACUUCUGCUGUUUUCGUUAUUCGUCUAUGGAGUCUUUAUUUAUCCUAUGACGAGCCUGUCUAAUAGAAUACAGACAGCCCCGUUCAUCUCCUGGAACGAAUUUGUCCACCAUAUGUUGGCGAAAGGUGAAGUCCAAGAGCUAAUUGUUAAACCAGACAUGGACUGGGUGACAAUAGUCCUCCACGACGGAGCGAUAAUAAAAGGUCGUCCAACUGAGCACCGAUUGUACCAGAUGAUCGUUGCCGACGCGACACACUUCGAGGAGAAGCUCCGAGAGGUGGAGGCAACCAUGGGAAUCAAAGAGGGCCAUGGAGUCUCAGUAGUCUACGAGAGAAGCACCACCAGCUUAUACAAUGUCGUCCUGGUCCUGGCGGUCAUAAUCUACAUGCUGGCCUUAUUGACCAAGGGGGGAGGAAAGGCAGGCAUUUUCCCGAAGGAUUUCUUCAGUGGUAUGACAAGAGCCAAGUUCACCCUAGUCGAUCCUCUAGCAGGAGGAACUAAGAAUGUACGAUUUGCUGAUGUCGCUGGUCUCAAAGAAGCAAAAGUCGAGGUGAUGGAGUUUGUGGACUAUUUAAAGCGCCCAGAGUUCUACAAAACCCUGGGGGCAAAGGUUCCCAAGGGGGCUCUUCUGCUGGGCCCCCCAGGCUGUGGAAAAACAAUGUUGGCGAAGGCCGUGGCAACAGAAGCCAACGUUCCCUUCCUCUCGAUGAACGGUUCCGAGUUUAUAGAGAUGAUCGGCGGUUUGGGCGCUGCCAGGGUGCGUGACCUCUUCAAGGAAGCCCGCAAAAGGUCCCCAAGUAUCCUCUACAUCGACGAAAUCGAUGCAAUAGGAAAGAAGAGAUCAGGAUCAGGUUCCUCUAUGGGUGGAGCAAAUCGAGAAUCCGAGCAGACUCUUAAUCAGCUCUUGGUGGAGAUGGAUGGGAUGGCCACGAAGGAUGGAGUUAUUGUUCUGGCCUCGACUAAUCGAGCUGAAGUCCUGGAUAAGGCUCUCCUUCGUCCUGGGAGGUUCGACAGGCACAUUCUGAUUGACCUGCCAACCCUUGCAGAGAGGAAAGAGAUCUUUGAACGACAUCUCAAGGGAAUUGUUCUCGAGAGAAAACCUGAGAGUUACUCGCCGAGGCUUGCACAGCUGACUCCAGGCAUGAGUGGAGCAGACAUCGCUAAUAUCUGCAAUGAAGCUGCCCUCCAUGCUGCCAGGUUCAAGAAGAAGGUUGUCAGUGCUGAUGAUCUUUCUUAUGCCAUUGAUCGAGUGCUUUGUGGACCUGAGAAAAAGGAUCACGGGGUGUCACCCACUGAGAAAAAAAUCGUCGCUUAUCACGAGUCUGGUCAUGCUCUUGUUGCCUGGCUGCUGAAGGAGACUGACGCUCUUCUCAAAGUCACCAUCAAACCGAGAACCAGGGGAAUGCUGGGCUUCGCUCAGUACACACCCACUGAAGGAAGGAACUUCAGUAAAGAACAGAUUUUCGAGAUGAUGUGCACAGCUCUCGGUGGUCGUGCUGCUGAGAAUAUUAUUUUUGACAGGGUUACCACUGGGGCACAGAAUGACCUGGAGAAAGUCACGAAGAUGGCUUAUGCUCAGGUGAGGCAGUUUGGCAUGGGUGAGCAAGUGGGACUGGUCUCAUUCACUGAAGAGGAGACUGGAAAGGACACGAAGAAACCCUACAGCAAAAAGCUGGCCAAUUUGAUGGACGCCGAGGCGAGACUCAUUGUGGGUAGAGCUUACAAGCAGACGGAGCAGUUGUUGAGAGAUAAUCUGGAUAAACUUGAAUUGAUGGCACAAGCUCUUCUGAAACAAGAAACCCUUACAUACGAACAGGUCGAGGCACUCAUUGGCCCUCCUCCAUUUGGGCAGAAGAAAAGGGUCGAGUUCAUUGACAUCGACACACCACCAACAGUUGGAAACGUUGAGGAACAAGUGCCUAGUUUGCAAUAAGCCAAAAAUUUCUCUUUUGUACAGAAAAAUGAUUGAUUAAAGAUAAUUAGUUAUAUGUCGCAAAAUGACAAUUA